GACGCAUCCGUUGCACGGACGCUCAGGGGUCGUCGGGACGAAGACGAGAUCGCAACGGGCGGGAGAGGACGUCCGACCCAGCAACAAAAAGCCUCUGACUUUGUGCUCAUUGCAUGCGGUGGACAGCCAUAAAACCUCACAGCUGCAACACCGAGGCAUCGCAUAACUGCAGUGCAUCAGGAAUAACUCACGUGGCUCGGCGCGCAAGCAACAGCGUGCAUCAACGCCGCUGAUCAUGGCACGUGUGCACAUCGCACUUGUUGUCACGUCCGCGCUCGCGCUACGUGUGCCGCUGCGCACACCUAUGCGACGAAUACGCCAGUCACCGCUGCGCGCGACGAACGACUACCUCGCGAGCAUCUCGGCGCCGGAGCCGCCAGCCGCCGCCAAGCCCCGAGCCCUCGACGAAAAUUCAAUCAGUGGCGACACCUUCCUGGGCGCCUUCUACAAGUUCACGCGACCACACACGAUCCGAGGGACGAUGCUCGCCGCGUUUGCGGGCGUCGUGAAAGCCAUCGGGGACGCGGGCGGUUUACAAAAGUGCUGGUCCUGGGGCCUCGUCCCGAGGGCCUUAGCCGGUUUGAUCGCGUUGUUGUGUGGCAACGCCUUCAUUGUCGGUAUUAACCAAUUAUAUGAUGUCGACGUCGAUCAAAUAAACAAGCCCUUUUUACCUAUUGCGGCCGGUGAAUUGUCACCCAAAAGAGCAAAACUUAUACUGACGGCUUGUGCUUUAAUAGGGCCAUCCGUAGUCUUCGCUUUGUAUCCGCCGCUCAUCGUAUCUUUAUACUUAUUCGGAACGUUCAUCGGAACGGCCUACUCCGUUCCGCCUUUUAGACUCAAGAGCCGAGGUCCCAUUUUCGCCGGUUUAGCUAUUGCGUGCUGUCGGGGCUUUCUGUUGAACUUCGGGGUCUACUACGCCGUGCUGGAGGCGCUCAAAGUGCCUUUUAAGUGGAGUCCUGGCGUGGCGUUUAUGGCGCGAUUUAUGACGGCGUUUGCGGGCGUGAUCGCCGUGACGAAGGACUUGCCGGAUAUUGCCGGGGAUUUGGCGACGGGUGUGCCGACAUUGGCCACAAAAUUCGGGGUCGGGCGGGUGGCCGCGGGGGCGACGUUCGCGUUGUUGGUGAACUACGGAACAGCAAUUGCCCAAGGGCUCUUCGGUCCUUUCAAGCGGUUACCGAUGGUCGGCGGCCACGCGCUGCUGGCGGGCUUCUUGCUGCGGAACUACCGCCGCUAUCGACAGGUAGGUGCAGAAGAUCCGGACGCGGUCAAGGGCUACUACAAGUCCAUCUGGGACAACUUCUACCUCGAGUACCUGCUUUACUGCUUCAUCUAGGUCGUUGUCUUCGGGGUUUAACUUUAGGUUCUCGUU